AUGUGUCUCCUGAUACCCCUCAUCUCGACCUGCGGACAUACAGCACUCUACUUGUAUUCCUGCGUAACUCAGCAGACGACCUUGAUCGGUCGAGCAGAAGAUCCCUACCGCACUCACGAAGAAGACUUUCCCACCCUCCUCGAGCACAGCAAAGAAUGCCCCUACACAACCCUAGACAUCAGCCACGACACCUGUCUUCCUGGCCGCUGCAAAGACUGCAUCACCGCGCAUAACACUGAGCUCAUAUGGGCCAGUCCACUCAACCCAGACAGAGAGAAACGACUUGCCCUUCAUGCUGCGGUCAAGCUCUGUUCGUUCGGAGAAUUUGUCUACGGGGAAUUCAUGCAAACGACAAGGUUGGUGUUCAAGAGGCAAGCGGACUGGAGGUUACUGAACGAUGUCGUCGAUAAACUGGAUCAAGUAUUAUACUACAGAGACGAAAUACAUGAACGCGAGCGAGCCAAGGCAGAGAAAUCAGGUGUUGCUUCAGAAGACCAGCCACCUAGGGACUUGAGUCAAGAUGCGAUUGCGCAGUUCGUAUUCCGUGUUGCUCCAAUGGUGGAGGCUUCGAAGCUUAGAUACCUUUCCACAGAAUACCAGAUUGUCACCCAAAUCGAAGGGAAUACUCCUGAACAGGAGGAAAUCCUUGUUAGAGCCAUAUCAAUCGAAGAGGUCCCCGAGGAAGACCGACACUGUGGAAUCUGCCGCAUUACCAUGGGCGUUCCGGACGAGGGAGCAGAAGCAAGAAUCGAACGACCAGUCAUCACUGGCUGCAAGCACGUUUUCGGCGAUCUCUGUUUGAAACAAUGGGCGAGCGAGAGAGAAGAGCCAGACUGUCCCCUCUGUCGCAAGCGCAUUGAAUUCCCUAAGGUCAUGCCUACCAUCGACCAGAGAAUUGAAGCGGACAUAACCCUCGAAGAAAAUAUCACUACGUGCAUUGAACUCUUCCCGCUUCGAGAGAUACUUGAUGCUGGGAAUUACACUCGGUUCGACUAUAUUCUUACGGAGAAGAAGCUAGCGCGAGAUAUCCAGGCCAUGAUUUUAACAGUCGGACUACCAGAGAAGAGUGAUGAAGGGGGAGAAGCCAGAUAA